GACAUUUCGUUGGAUCAAUUACAUUUUUUUCUCAGUGUACGUUUCGUAUGCACUCGGGACUACUCGGAACCGUCCCGAGCGCACAUGGACACGAUAGAUAGUUGUGUGCGUCAUCCCUUCCCAUGCUACCAAAUGCUACCAGUGCGCAGCGACCGGAAUCUGGCAUCUCUGGAAGUCUGUUAUUGUUUAGACUGCACAUGCGCAUAUCCAGGAAUAGGAGUAGUGGGACGUCCACUGCCGUAUUGCCGAGUCAAUGCCGGCUAAAAUUCUGAUAAUGCCUUAGCAAUGCUAUGCAAUGCCUCCUACAUUGCCACUACCACUAGUCAUUAUUACUACUGCCCAACCACUGACGACAAUGCCGUCCAAUAUUUUAGUCCACUGCCGAAUUUUUGUACACCAAUGCCGGCUGUGAAUUCCCCCCUGGUUUCCUCGCUUGUCUCCCCGCGCGAGCGAUUACAUUAUCGUGGUAACGCGCACUAAGUAGAUUCACUCGUCUAAGCAAGAACGUUCCAAGCCUGUUGCACAUAAAUUUGCAUGAGUAUAUCGCUAUAAACGUCCCGAGGUGUCAGCUCGCGAGGUUGCCCCGACAUUGAAAUCGCUGCUGUUUCUCCCAGCCGCGCCUCGAAUGUCCGCAUUUUGAAGAAAACUUUUGGGACUCCUCGUGUAUCUCGCUGGCUCAUCGCGUGACUCAUAACGUGACUUUCUGUAUUUACGAUCGUUUUACAACUCGUGUUUCUUAAUUGUCGGCGAACCAAGUUCCUUUUUUCGAGCUGAAAGAAACAAUGCCAAAACGUGGCUCUCCCGCUGAGCAGUUACGAAGGACUUCACUGGAAGGGAUUUUGAAGGUUCCUCGAAAAGCGAAGGGAGACUGGGGAAACGGACAAAGACGGGACGGGACAACAAGGGAGCAGGUGCAGGGAAAGAGGAUGAACGUCGUCUAAUGAUUACGAUUUUCCUCAGGGCCUUGCGUAUUACGUUCUCAGCCCAAGGCUGAAUUUUGCGUUUCCGACGUCUCGCGAAGUCUCUCCGCGGUUAGAAAUAAUUUGCUCGUGAUGCAGACGGCGAUCUGACAUUCGCAACGUAUCCCAUUUCACAUUAUUAGGUGGUAGUCCAAGAAAUACAUUUGCUAUAACGUGCCUUCGCUCGGCUCUCGUGUAUAUUGAAUCUGCUUUGUCUUUAAUGAGAAGUUAAUAAGGAAAAAACUUUCAGAGAAAAUAGAACAGAGAUUUGAAAAGAAAUAUUGUGUUAAUUGACAAAUCGAUAGAGUGACUAAUCAAGUCUAUUCUGAAAUUAUUUAUCAUCAUGCUUAAGGCUCUCAUUGAGUGUGACAUUUUAAUACAUUUUAAUUUCAACAUAACGUUAAGAAAAAUUUCUUUUCUCUCUUUCCUUCUUUUUUUGUUUUUAUGACAGAACGUUAGAAACGAGUUUGUUGGGCCUGCUUUGUAUUUAUUAAAAUUUUUUAUUUAUUUCGAAUACAAAGUUAGAUUCUGAUUCAUACAGUAUGUGUCAACCGACGUUCUGAAUAGAUCGUUACCGUCCCAGAAGUAUCAAGUUUCCGUGACAAUGUUCCAUCAGAAAUCAAAGGGUUAACUUUUUAUAGGGCACACUGGUGUUUUCAAAGCUUCUCUCUGUCUCUAUCUUUUUCUCCCUACAGUAACGUAUAUUUUAUACGAGCUAUCAACACAUUUAUUCUGUGCACCUCAGUGUUCAAAGAAAAUGUCUCCCUGCGACUGACGCUUUGAUGUAUCAUUCCCUCGAUAAUCGCGUGAGGCAAAAAGAAAUAAUAUAAAAGGAAAAUUGAUUUCAUCGGCGCGAUAAUUCUUGUCCACUAAAGUCACAAGAGUUCCUGCGCAAACGCGUCUACAUGCCUGCAGGACUUUGAGUGCACGUAUCCACGCAAGCUUAUCGCGUAGGCAGAUUUAAUUCGCCCGUCCUUAUCGCCGAUACUCGACUGAGUCAUCGGCAGUUCCUGAGAACAAAGGGAGCUCGGAGGGUGCACCGCAAUCCGCCGGGCACGUCGGAUCGUUAUCCCGCUUUCAGUCGGAAAAAAAAACGUGACAAUUACCGAGUGAUCUGUCUUGCACUUUUGUACGCUCUAUUUGAGGCGACUGAUGAAACUCACUUCCGCGUUGCAUCAGACUAACGAUAAACCGAGCUUGUUGUUUACCGAUCGUCGACAAUGAUUCCGCGCUCUCCGCCCCGUUUCGCGGCUAUCCUCUUAUCCGCGCGCGCUCUUGGAUAUCGCUCGAUGAAACCUUGAUGUCCCAUAAUUAGCCCGUCCGAAAUUCCAUAAACGCGUAAACAUGAUACAUCACGCUGAUCAACUCCCGGUCGUUAGAGUGUUAUACGCAGUAGUUUGUGGGUCUGGCGCGCUUCUUCUCUUAUCCAUAGACACGCAUACACGCUCACACUCUCGAAGCACCGGUCUAACAUGUUUCUCUUUGAUGUGACGAUUAUAUCUGGAUUGCAAACACAAUAACAGCCUAAAACGCAAACUCUAAAAAUACGAAUGGAUGUUGUAACAAUCUUUUAUCUAUUUUACCAGCGGACUUUAAGAUCACGAAUAUACUCCAACACUAAAUUUCAAAAAGAUUUCGAUGAAAUUUUAGUUAAUCAGAUUUUCCUUCAAAUGACGCGAACUGCAGGAUGGCACUUUUGAUGGAAAAGCUAGGUACGUCGUACGUCGUUGUUUCAUAAGUAAUGCUCGCUCGCCGUUUCGUGCAGCGGUACACUCGAAGGGAAUCGAGGGCGAGGCGCGUCUGUGGUUAACUGUCCUUAAUCGUAGUCGUUUGGAUAAUUAGUGGGCUUGUAGGGGAGACGAUGGACUCGGCCGAGCGCGCCGAGCUCGAUUCGAGGAUACCGGAAAUGCACGCCGCCGGCUACUCGCGGUUCCUCGGGCGGGCGCCCGAGAGAUAACGAGAUUGCUCGCAUUCGCGCUCACCGUAAAACCGUACGCUUCGUUACUGAUCAUUGUCCAGAUACUUGGAACUACCCGUCGUCGUCGGCGGGUUCGCAGCGUGAUAUGGCGUCGCUGCAUUUCUAUCCGGCGCCAUUACUACGGCGCCGCGGCAGCGCGCCGGCUCCUCUGCAGGAUGUUUAAUCCGCUUGUAAACAAUCUCGCUCCUCCACCCCUUUCGCCGAUUUUCCUUGCGUGCUGCCACCCUCCUGGCAUAACACGUUCCAGUCACGACUCGAGCCGCGCCCUGCGGGCGCUCGGUAAGCGCCCUUUAUAUUCCUCAUACGAGGAGGAACGUCGCGUACUGCCGUGCCUAACGCGAUCUCGGCCUCGGCACAAAGGAGCGGAAACGAAGGGUGGCUGCUUGGUAGUCGUAUCGGACAUUGAAUUUAUUUUUUCCUCUCUCCUCGGCAGGGCUCAUGCUAGUAGCGCGCUGGAAAUCACGCAGCUUCUACGCCGCGCAUUCAACUUGACGUUCGUUCGUUCGUUCGUUCAAUUCCAAUGUCGAGACGUUGGAAAGCUUUUCUCGAACAUAUUGUCGGGGUUCGCAUUGAUACGAGGGAGGUUUCCCCUUUCUCUCUCUCUCUGUCUCUCUUCUUCUCGAUGUAGACGGCUUGUCGUUUAUUUCGAUACUCGCGGCAUUAUUUAACGCGAACUUUUAACGGUAUUGCGAACGCGCGUUAUUUCGCCGGGGGAGGAACGAUGAAUUACGAUACCAGGUUGAUUGCGCUAUUUGUCAUCGGUCGCACACGGCUGAUUUAUUAAUCCUAUCUCAGAUAAGAACGGUCAAAUCGGAUCACAGAUCGGAUCAAAGCGUGAGAGAUCGAUACCAUAAAAUGGCUUCUUAUCUUCAGUAGAGAAAACAAAGAAAAUACUUUCUAUCAAAUAUCUUCAAGAGUACGUAAGUGACAAAAAUAAUUGUUUGCUUUAAAAUUAAUGGAAAACAUAAAACACGCGUUAUUAUCUCAAAAUUACUGUUAUAAAAUAGUUUCUUAAAUGGUUCAAAUUAAAAUUGCUGGUCCUAUAUAAAUCCAAAACUAGAUAAUUUCACAAAUUUUAUUCUUUAAUAGAUCCGCGCCCGGCAUCUUCGCACCUCUGUGAGUAACUUUGCGUGAGACGCAAAUCUCGUGCCGGUAUCAAAUAUCGCGACAAUGUAUCACAUUCUCGCGCGACUCGUAACGAGAAUAAUCGAGGGGCCUGUCGGAACAAUGAAGCUUAUUUAUCACCCGCCUUUUCUUCAUCCGACCCGGGAAAUGUUACGAGAUCCUGUUUACAUUCGGAAGCGUAACGCCGCUCGUAAGACCGGUUUUCUCCGGUUUUUACGCGCACGUAAACGAAGGCAGGCCGAUUAAAUUCCUUUUCGAGGUUGGCUAGCGGGGCAUUAUUACCAGCGUGAGGCACGCAAUUUCGGGCGCGUCCCUCCACCCAGGGUCCUUUUAUUACACCGUUGACACAUGAGCGACUAUCACAACCUCCUGUCCUCGCUGUGCUUCGAGGUGCUUGACUUCGUCCUUCGUCGUGACGAAGGGACGCUCGAGAUUUUGCCUAACCGGUCCCUCGACCGAUUCCUUUCUUUCUCGUUUCCCUUUCUCUUUCUCUCGUGUCGCAGGUACCAAUCUGUCAGAAAAUAAAUUUGUCGUGUCGCUUGAGUCCCACGACGAUUCCUCCCGAGUGAAUAAUACCGCGCGUGGUAUAUCGUCAGACACCGAACAGAACGUUGUGGUUCUCUCCACGUGUGGACUUUUCCAGCAAGACCGAUUUUAUGGUCUAAGCGAUCGUGGAGGAUCACUCGUGUAAGCCAAUGCGAAUCAUGUAUCAUCCUUAUGUGGUUCCAGAGCUACAGAAUGUUCUUUUUGAGUACAGUUUCUUCACGCGUAAGCAUUUGGAAUUGACUUGAAGCUUCUCAGGGUAGUCUGUGCAAAGUAUAUACAAUGCAUCACGCGCAAUCAGAAGCGGAAAUCAAUUUCAGACACGAAAGUCGAAGCGACAUAAUUCCUCGUCGACGUCGCCGCCGCCUUUGAUCGCACUUGUAAUUUGGUAAUUCUGUUAUACAGCGGACAGAGAGGCAGCCUAUAAAGCACACGCUAGGCCUCGGCUACACACACAUAAAUCCCAGAGACACAUUUGGCCGCGAGUUUUAUAGCUGGACCGAAUUAUAGUACGAGACCUGAUUUAAUUUCGUGAGGAUACCCUCGGCACCUCGCGCGCGCAAUCCGACUAAUUUAUCGCGAUAUAAAAAAUUCGUCCGCGCGCGGCCUGCAUGAUCGCGAUAGAUCAUUGAUCCGCCGAGGCCGAGGGGAACGCGCGACCGUAUGCGAGGGGAAAGAAAAAUACAUUGUUGAUACAGCUCCGGUUUUACGAUCCAACGUCCAACCACUGACGUCCUCGUCGUCCCACUGUUCUUCACGCUUCCACGGAAAAGGCCCACGAGAUGCGUAUCCGACUUUUCUCCCCCUCGUCUCGUACACUCUGACGCGUUCUUCUCUCGGCGAGAGAGUUUCCCUUAAUUUAUCGACGCAUAAAAGUCAGCGAGCGCAGUUACGAGCCGCCCGCCAUUGAUCCGCGCGAUGAUGCCCCGCGCGCUUUGCUAGCAAAAGCACGAGGGGAGAGAAAUGCGACAUUUAGGAUGCGAUACGCAGCGCCUGGUCGUCGCAAUGUCGCAUGGAAAUCGUUCGCGACUGCCGAUUUCAUCGUCCGCCGAUUGGGCGACGUUUAUUUAGGGCGCCGUCGAGGAUUAUCUCGUUCUCUUUCAUCUUUGAAUGUUGGCAAUGGAGUUUGGGGUUGAUCUUUUCUUAACGUAAAUCUUGCUCCGAAAUUGCGGCAUCUGACUGUGUCGCGAACUACGUUUGACCUCGAGUUUCCGCUGCGGUAAACUCCAAGUUAUUUUACGUUCCGCCAAACUACAACCGUUAGUCUUAAAUAACUAAUCGCACGGCACAAAAUAGCGCGCCGGAUUUUUCGUCUCUCGGUAGUUAAGCGGGCGAGGGGAAUGUUCGGUGGUGCGGAAUAUCCUGUGGCGAGGCGGCUAAUUGUCUUUUUGCGAAUGGCACCACGAGGAAAUUAACGCGAUUGUUCGCCGGGUCGUUUGUCGGCUAUCAAAUAGCCUUCCGACGACGUGGCGAAUAAACGCCUAGGAAAUUGCACGCGAAUCGAAUGCGCACCGUCGCGUCCGUAGAAUCGUGUGUGCAAUCGUGCACAGAUACGCGUGUACAAUCGGCAACGUGCUAAUUCGAGCGGACUGGCAUCACUACGGCGCACGAACAACAGAAAACUCGCCGUGGAUUUCGUUUUGGACGAACCCCCUCGGGGUAAAGGAGGGCGUAAGUUUUCUCGUUAACCAGCCUUUUGCGCGAACGGCAACGGCGGCAUUGUCGGAAGAAAAUGGUACGAAUGAAAUUCCGGGGGAGUUUCGCCGGCGGAGCGCGGAAAAUAAAGCCCGGAAAACUUGACAACGCGAACUCCACCGCCAACUCUUCCUUCUGCUCCUCUUCCUCCUCCUCCACCUCCACCCUCUUGUUCCUCUCUUCCUUCCGCUUCUGCUCCACGGUAUCUCUCGUUCUCCUCUCGAGUCUGUUUACGGACUCGCGAGAUGCUUGUUUGCGCCGAAUUGCGCGAGUGGAAACCUCGAAGCGACGUGCAGAUAACUCCGGGGCGUUUGUUAAUCGAGUUGCAAGAUGCGCUGGUGGUUUCUCUUUCUCUAUCAUUCCUUCUUUCCUUCGGUCUGUCUCUCUCUCUUUUUCUUAUACGAGGUGUCCUCGUGUUGUACGCGAGACUCCGUCUCAGGACUUUGGCGAUCCUAUUCCCGCGUCGGGGUACCGUGAUAAACGGGUUACGCGAAAGCGUAGCCCCGAGUAAUUUAUGGAGUUACAUAACGCUCGUGGGUUCCCCGAAAUAAAAAAAGAAAAGAUAUUUUUCUGUUAUACAUUUGAUACUAUUGAUCGGUAAGCAUAACUGAGAUAGGAAUCUGUAUUCUCAUCCGGUAUUUAACGCUAAUCACGUCGAUUUUUAUUUGUCAAAGAUAUCGCGUUCAAUAACAACGUGAGACAUGAGAAUCGAGCAGCCGCAUUUAUCGUUGGCUGCGCGAUGAGAACGCGGCUCUUUAUCACUUUGCGCUUACGUGUUUUGUGAGGGGUCGUUAUUAGAUUUGCCGCAUAUCGCUCGUAAUUGUCUUGUUUUCUACUAAAAUUCAUGAGCUUCAGCUACUAUGACGCUGCAGAGUGAGAUGCAUAUUUAUGAUUUCAGCUCGAUAUCUAUAAACGUUGAAUCUUAAAGUUAUGUCAUUGUCAUAUCGCAGCAUACUCUGUUUUUUGAGCACCAUGCUGUUCGUCCGAUUUGCGUCACCCUGCCACAGUGACGCAAACCUGAGUCUGGCCUACGACCAAAGUGGUCUCUUAUCGUGUUUUUCAUAUAUUUUUGGGAUGAUUAUUAUUCUGUUUUUUCAUGCGUUCGUGAAUUAUUCGCGAAUUAUUGCAACAUGCCGCAGUGAUCGAGCGUUCUUAAAUUUGGCCAUCCUUGACGAAAUUUGGCACGACUAUACGUGUGUCCUUUACAAAGGUAGUAACAUCUAUACCUUGUCGAAAACCAAGAAUAAUAUUUCUUCGACAAACAUAUCAAGAUAUAAAUAGUUUCUCAGAGAUAUGAUUGAUUAAAUAAAAAGAAAUUUUAUCGCAUUUCGGAGAUAAUGGAAAUCUUAAAUGUAGAUCUUUCAAAAGAAUCGAGCACUUUGAUCGACAAAUAGUCACGAAGAAUUUACUCAGAAUAUUUAAUUGAAAAAAAUCUUUCGAAAAAUUAUACUGUUUAAUUAAAUUUGGAUAAUAGAAAAAUCAUAUGAAUCAUAUUUUUACAUAUAAUAUCGUCUUGUACAUCGAUCCUCACUUUGAGCAUGAUGCUUCAUUUCUUGGACGAUAAAGGUGACAUUUCUUGAAACAUCGAGGACGCGUUAGACAUAGUUGAAAGUGGAAGAUACGUUGGUUGCCAACUUUGAAGAAGUUUAAAGAUCAACUGUAGAUCGGCGGCGAAUUUGCACAGAUGCAUUCCGCAAUAAAGUUGCACAGACACAACUGCAUGACUCCUCCUCGUCUUCGCGCUCGUCUGUAAAUUAUAUUAUCAGCUGUUACAACAAUGUGAUGCUCAUUAUCGCUGGCAAAGUGCAGCAAUUAAACGGAGCGCGAUAUGUUCGUAAACAGAUUAUAGAUACCCGCGAGCUCACGAACAGUGUAUUUGCAACGUUAUGCAAGAAGUUAUUUAAGCAUCGAGCCGCGGCUGCAGUAAAAAAAAUUAUCUUUGAUCGAAUGCUCCGCGUGUUGAAACAUUGGUGCAAUCUCGCGAAUCUCUCGUGCGUUUCUUUCUUUCCGAUGAGAGCCUUUGUCAGAGUUUCUCGUCGUGAUUUGUAAAAAUACCGCUUAGCGACAAAACGCUUGCACAUCUUGCAAUAUUAUGCAAUGAUGUCGUCAUCGUACUAUAUACUUCUCCGAAAAAAGAUUAUAAAUAUAAAUGUCACGGUAAACUCAAUUUUUUGGAAAUUUAUACUAUCGAGUCAUUUGAAUUACAAAAUUUCGUAAAUUCGGAAACGUUCGCUUUUUGCUGAUUUUAUCAUUUUAAUUAUUUUACUCUUUCCUCUAUAUCUCGAUUUAUAUUAUAUAACUUUUCUUUUUAUGAAUUGCUAAUUACUAUAAUUUAAUUUCAUUAAUAUUAAACACGCUUUUUCGCAUGGUAUUGCAUGAGCAUGAUCUGAUAAAUGUCAAUGAACAAACAUCAAACAAUAAUGUUUAACGGACCAACAAAAAGCACGUUUAUUUUCAUCGCCUAUUACUAACUUUCGUUAUCAAUGAGGAUAUGGAGAUAAUAAUUCGUAUGCUUUGUGAAUAAUAUCGGAUGUUUUCAUAUUCGUAUGCGAAUGAAUAAUCAGCGAUUCUUGCAUCUAAUUGACACAGAUAUCUUCUGUUCUAUCCAACCGGCGUGCAUACAUUGUUAUUGCAAAAGUCCGCCGGAGGAGUCGCGGAUUGCGCCUUUGCUCAGCAAUACUCGCAAUCCCGUAGGGAAUCACGUUGUACCGUUACGAGAGCGUGCUGGUUCUACACGGCACUAUAGUAUAUUACCUUUGCGCAUGCUACGUUUCUUUUUUCAACUUUGCAGCAGGCAAUUCAAGUCGUGCGCUUAAAGCAAAUAGAUGAUUAACACUGUACCACGUGAUUUCCGAUAUCGAGGUGAUCCGCAAAGCGAGGAUUUUUAUCGUUCAUAUCGCAAACGCGAUACUCGAAUAUUCGAUAACGAAACCGGAUGUAGAAGGAAGCCUUUUCGUGGAUACGCACGAACAGCGAUUUUCUCUCGCGGGUAUUCCAUGUCAGGAAAAGAAAAUUUUGGAGGCGCCGGGUAUCGAUCCCGGUACCUCUCGCAUGCUAAGCGAGCGCUCUACCAUCUGAGCUACGCCCCCUUCGUGUAAGGUAACGAAAGGCUGCAAGGUAUCCAGCGCGGGAUAACGCGCCGGUCUUGUGCUUUCUCCGAGACGAACGUUUUACGUCUCGCGAACCGUACAGAAUUCAUAUACCGUUUAACGUCUACCGUUUAACACGUUGAUGGACAGCGACAGGCAUAAAAUAGUGACAUGACGAACUUGGUUCCGCCAACGUGACACCCGCGUUUUGAUUCACGCUGGUUGCGUUGUGAUAUAGUAGAUUCCCAUAUAACGCUGAACGUAAUCCCCAAGUUAUACGGUGGUCUACUGUAUUUUAUUUUGCAACUGACAUACAACUUUCUGCACAUACUGCACGCUCAAAAGUAACCAAGCCAGGAUCGCGAAUCCUGUAAGAGCGCGAAACUUGUGUGAAACAAAGACGGAUCGAUGAGGCAUACCGUUUCCGUGUUAAUGUUGGUCUUAAGUGUGGCUCUAUAUUGUCUUUCUCCCAUCAAUAGAAUUUAUGGUAGUUUGAGUUAUAUUACUCAUCAGUGAAUCAUCGUUAAUGUGUCAGAUCGUUGCACUUAUAAUUAGCCAUGCUUCGCGGCGUAAAAAAAUUGACGCAAUUGAUGCAACUGCAAUUUGCCGUUGUACCUUGUUGCAUCGUGAUUGAUAAGCCCAGUCGAAUUUCCUUUUUUUUGCAUCUUGAUUCAUGGAGUUAAUGAAACAAUGAACAGGAGCGGUGAAUUUGGCAAUUUCACGCUCUCGCAGACAUUUCAUUGCCUGUUCGGUCUGUAUCGAUCUGUUGUGAUCGUUGAGCGUCCUCCUCGACUCUUCAUCGCGGUUCUUUCAUUUUCUUGGUUGUUUCUUUUAUUUUCGCAAACGAGGCACGAAAUAAACAUCCAUUGUCUCAAAUGAGAACAGCGUGUUUCGUCAUUAAAGAGACAUAAAGAUCAUCGAUCGACACGUGCACGGCUCAACGGCUCUCAGGCUAUAAAAGCUAUUAUUGCCACGGAAAGCAAUUAUAACACGUAAAAGCGAAACACCAGAAGGAUGAUGUAUACAGGAUGAUUCAUUCUAAAUUGCUCAGCCGUAUUAACUCUUUUCUUGGAUAUACUUUAUUUCCUCCAUAAAUUAUCAUUUGAUUUUAUUCAUUUCUCGUGCACGUUUCUCGUUUAUAAAAUCUCUCGUGGAAAAGUAAGAAAAUUGAUGGUGUGCAGAAUAUGCAAUACAUAAAUAGUAAAUAAUAAUAGUAGAUAAUAAUAAGAGUAAAUAAUUGCAUUCAAAAAGGGACUUUUUUUAAAGAACUCAAAUUAACUCGUGAUCCGAGCUCAUUAACGCCGCUUGUUCUUCCCGUCUCUCGUCGUGAACGGGGAAAAAAUGCAGCGCGUUAAAUACAUGACGAUUUAUCGGUUUCCUUCUCCGGUAAACAAAAAAGAGGCGACAGAUAGGCAAUUCACGUCGAUUUUCCUCGUGCCGAUAAAAUGAAUCUCGCGUGGCAUGAAAAACAUGAUGAUCCCGUCGCUCACCCCCGCCGAUGAUAUACGUCAUCCUCAUCUUCGUGCCGUAUCCUUUCUGCCACGUUAUACAGAAGAGACGGCACGAGUGGAAGAGGGGAAGAGAGAGAGAGAGAGGAGAGUAGCGCUAACGAACCUUUGUUCGCGAUUUUACGAUUCCGGUAAAUGGCCGGUUCCCGCGCGAGUCUGUAUGAGCUCUCGCAGCGUGACGCUAUUGCGACCGUAACAAAGAGACGAAUCGAACCGCGUUUUCCGGCGCGUCCUCGAAAAUUGCACGUCUCCCCUCACAGCUCCCCCCUGUGGCCUCUUCCGGAAAAGCCAUGGUCAUGCUCUUCUGCAACAUUGACUUUCCCUCUUUCGCGCGCGCGUCUGCAGGAAUCGCGUGUCUCCGCCACGUGCACGCACGAGCUGUCAUGUGCACGCUUCACUCGCAGCAACGGUUCGCAAAUCACGAGACUUCUUAAUCUGAGACAAGGACACGCCGUUAUCGCGGUACUUCUUUUUAUCACAAUUGUACACAUAAACAGCAACAUUAAUAAAGUUACCAUCGAUCUUUACGUCCCCAGUGAUUCAACGCUUUUCACUUUGAUACUUAACUUAUUGAUAUGUUCUAUUGAAGUUUUGAUACCACAGUUGUUCUGCUAGCCGGUAUUUUUGUCGUUGUAUGUUAUAGAUCGCUCUCUACACAGAUCUAUGUAGAUCUUUGGGUCUGUCCAUUGGAAGAACGUGACGUGAUGUGGCGUAGGCUUUCCGAAACAUGUUGAUUACGUGCUAAAGAUAUGACAAGUCAUGCCACAUGUUUGGCUGGCAUGACGCCUGUCGAUAAGACGCGAGUUAUCCAGAUUUUUGAUGAUUCAAACUACAAAUUCCGAGUAUAAACGUGUAUUCACAUUUGAACAACCUUUUUCAUUUCAUUAAUAUUAAAAUGUUUGUUUGAGUUAUGUCUGCGAAAGUGUUUUUAGACGUUUUCAUUGCAUGUUUUCUGAUAAUUGAUGAGAAUUUAUUUUUGUACAAUUGAGGAGGUGUAUUUAUUCAUGUUUCCUUCGGAGCGUAUAUACGGGAUAUUUUACCCCCGGUCUUAAUCAUAAUGAUAGCAUCCCUCGGUUCUCGACUCGACAAACAAAGGAAUGAAUAGUUUGUGUAUCGAUUUACUCGAUGCUCCCCGAACAAUGUAAGCUGUUUGGCCAAGUAGGCGUUGUAAAAAUUACGCAACCCCCGCGCUGGGAUGAACGAUUUUAGGGAGCUUUUAUGGCGACGCCUUUUAUGGACCCAUUUGAUGUCGGGGAUCGAUCCAUUUCGUUAUACUUUCUUACUCAAUAAAAAAUAUUGGCCCAAUGUGUACGGUUUUAUUCGAGCGAGUCUAUCGUGAAGAAGCGUAAAGAUAUGUCGGUAGCGUAAAAAUAUUAUAGUUGGAUUGGUCAAGAGACCCUUAGCUAGAACAAUGAGAUAUUUGUAUUUCUGAAAAAAUAUUAUCUCUCUUGCUAUUUCCUCUCUUAUUUAUCGAUGAAAUUUUAUUGAACUCAUUCUGUAUUAGCGAGAUAAGAAGCAUGUUGUUUAUAAAACUGAAUUUACAUUCAAGUCGGAAAAAAGCUGCUUAUAUUGCAUUGCAAUAUUCAAAACGUCUUGCAUCAUCUUAGAAAAAAAAGAUACAAGUUUAAUUAAAAUAUUUUAAUUAAAUAUUUCAGCGCUUAAAGCUAAUUGUGAUUUAAGAGAUUGUCACAAAUAUAAACAAAUGAUGAAUAUAAACAAUGAAUAACUAAACAUUAUCUACAUUUGAUCACAUGGAUAAUAUAUCUGUCUUGCACCUCUUAUGGUCAGUUACUUUCAGUGAUGGAAUAAUUCGAGUAAUUCGUAGAUCUUUUCCCGACGAGCGUGUGAUGUUCCGCAUAUAAAAAUAAAUCAUGUUUUUGAGAACCCAUUUAAAAACACCUGCGACAAUUACCUUAUGUAAAGCAGUCUGAUCCUCGCUUAGCGAUUGAGCGCAGACGCGCCGAUAUUACGCAAAGUUUUACCGUGCCGCGGCGUGACUCAUUGUCGUUAAACGUUCUUAAACAAUUUUAUAUCGGUGGCUUUGACGGCAGCUUUUAGCGGAAGAUUGUGCGCAAGGACGGGACACCGAGGAGUAGAGAUAUAGACGGACAACUAUGCCCGUGUAUGAGUCAUACUUUUGAUACCGGCGUAUUUACGAGACUUGCAAAAGACAUUGGCAAUGAGUUUCUUGCAUAAGUAUGUAAUAUCGCAGCAACUACUGACCAUUUUUAGGAAAUCUUGCUUUGUUCCCCUGACGUUCAGCUUUUAAUGUGACAUGAUUUCGUAAUUGAUCAUACCUACUCUUAACGAAAUAAGACCUUGUGUAGCGAAUAAAGUCUCUUUUAUUGUGUUUAAUGCACAAUUUUUUGCCGUAGAAUUAAUGCAUUAUUUAAGUCAAUGCUUUAGAAGCUGUCUCUUCAACUUUCCUCUAUAUUCUGAAAUUUGCGGAGACUGUUUGGCAGCGUGAAAUUAGUUUACAUUUUGAUAUCGUGACUCACGGUUACUCGUUAACUGACGUUAGCUUUUUCGGCAUGCCUGAUGGCACAUCUAUGCAAAUGUACUCGAAAAAUAGCCGAACGCUACAAUGCACAAUUCGUUGCGCGACAUAAUAAGCGAUUUGCAUAUCUCCUGAUAUAAAAACAUAUUUGUGUAAAAUGAUUUUUCCGUCUCUGAGUUAUCUGUUUUGUAUUUAAUUUCAUUGGAAAUGUCUAGCGUGUCCAAAAUUGGCAAUUUUACGAUUCCAAUCGUGAUGCAUUCUGUAAAAAACAAUGCAACACAUUUCAAUGAGUUUCAAAAAUAUUACGGACACUUUUACAGUCUCGUAAAAUCGUGUAAACAUAUUUUUUCGAGAAAUAUAAAUAUUGAAUUAAAAUUUUUUCAAAUCAAAAUAAAUUUUCCUCGCUUAUGAGUGAUAAGUGAGAUUGUUUAAUUAUAUCAGUAAUUAUUUUUACUUAUAUAUUAUUGAUGACGAUGAUAUUAUGUAUGAUGACGAUGAACAUUAUAGUCUAAUCUCUCUAAGUGAAUUCCAGUUCGCUUGGAUAAGCGAAAGGAUAUUCGAUAUCCUUGACAAGAUGUAGGGAGGCUUAUGGACGAACCUACUGACCGAAAGACCGAUCGAGUAAAUUUUAGCUUCUUCCGGCAAGCAUCGCACAAGGUAAAGGCAAUUUUCGUUGUUCGAGCGUGAAACCGGUCGUUACUCAUCAUGGAUCGACGAAACUUUCCGAUGGUUUUGUAGUAACUGGUUUGCUACCUUUUUCCCGUUAUAACGAAACAUAUGUAUAUCUUGAAAGAAUGAGAUAAAAAGGAACGAAAGAGGAAACGAGAUGAGACGAUAUCGAAAACUUGGUAUCAGAUAAGAUACUAAGAAUGCAUUUACAUGAAAGUAGAAAGACGAUGAGAGCAAAACUGAUGCAAGAGAGAAAGACGGAAAGAACGAAUUCAGAGAAGGAAAGAGUCAAAUAAAAUUAAAAUUUUGUGUGUGUGAGAAAGAGAAGAAAAGAGAGGAAGAAAGAGAAGCUUGAUAGGACAAAUCGAUCUAGAACCAUGUUAUGACAGCGUGAGCACUACGACGACAGACUGACAGUUAACAUGAAGGGACGUAGAGGCGUCUUUCUUUUCGGAGGUUGUUUGGUACGUUGGUAUGGAAUACGCCGGUGGUGGUUGCCUGGCGUGGACAGGUGAUAUUUUUGAACUCUCCUCGCCGCGUAUUAUUGGAUAGGGUCGCAUAGACUCGUGGUAGUCUCGAAAGUUUGCAAAGCGAUAGAUGUUUGCCUCGCGCUUUAAUAGAUCGUCGGACACAGAAGUAUACGCGAUACACCAGCAGUUGCCAUACAAAUUGCUGGGGAAUUAUAUGGCGCAAGCAUCGAGUGGAAAUGAAAGAUGAUGAUGGUGCCGCCGUUAUAUCGAUAACUCUGCUCAACUGGCCUUAUAAUUAGUUGAUCCCGCUGUUUUCUAAAUUAUCGUUAUAGUUACGGCUAUAUCAUAAAGAAACGAAUAGAGAGACGGAGAGACAAUUCGCUUACCCAUAUGGGUAUCCAACGUCGUUCUACUAAAUACCAUAAGCCGGAGUAAACAACGGGAGUCAAGAAAAACAGAAACAAUGGAUCCUUCGGAUCAAGUCAGCUUCCCUCGUUCGUAAGGGAUGAAAUCGAGCGGAGGAAACAGCGGGAGGGCAGUCGAGAAAGAGGAACAGAGGAAGAGAGAGAGAGAGAGGAAACGUGACGCCCUAAGUGCACAGAGAAGUAAAAUGAUCGAGCAUUCGGGGAGGUAAAAGAUGGAUAAUCGAGCAAUCGGGCUCAAUAAGGGGUUCGAGAAAGACAGAGGAGAGGGAGGCAAAGAGGAGGAGAAGGCAGAGCGGACAGGAGAGAAAAAGAGGGAGAGUGUUGUGUAUGUGUGUCGUGUGUGCAUGAGCGAGCGAGAUGAACGCACGCACACGUGGAGUGAUCGCGCGGGGAUCACGGAAAGGGGAGGGCAGGGAUAUCCGAGCGACGGGCCUGGUAAUAUCGUAUGGCAGUGCCGUAACGAGAGGCGCUUUCCCGAGCGUUGACCUCUCGCGCUUCCAAUACUAACCUCGCCCAAGAGCGUGUCCGCCUCCUCUCGGGAAUACGAAAUAAUAGAAACUCCGCAGAACUCUUUCUCUCUGUCCCUAUUCCUCUCAGUGCGUAGAGAAAGAGAGAGAGAGAUAUCUCGUCUUCGCGGAAAUCGUGAUUGACCGGGAGUUCACGCGGAACUCGACUAAAAUAUCGCUUCGCGCGAGCGUCGGCGCCGCGACGGUUGUCGCGAAGCGGAAUUCCUACGACAAAUUCGAGCAGACGGAUGUGGGUACUGAACGAGCUCGAAAGGUCACUGCGUGCAUUGAGUAGUCGAUGAAUUAUUUGAGGGUGAGAUUUUUUUGGAUUCAGAAAAGCAGGAAGAGAAAAUAGAAAGCGAAAGAAAAAGCGGAGAGGAAUAAAGAGCGAUAUUAAUUUAACCGCUAUGGGGCUGGCUUAUCAAUUCGCUAUUAAAUCGACGUCUCUAUUCUUCACAGCGGCCCGCGAGUCUAUCUAAAUCUAUCUAAAUCUAAUUUAAUACUUAGUCUCAGUCUAUAUACUUUCGAUUAUACAAUGCUACUUCUGUUUCGUUCUAUUUCGCGGCGAAGAAUCUGACAAUCGCGGCUCGAGAGUGCAUAACUCUGGCCGUAAAGAACCGAACACGCGGAACACCCUCGUGCCCGUUUUUUUUUAUCUCUGUCUAUAUCUAUUUAUCUAUCCAAUAAUCUAGCCUGUCAAUUCGCAUACAAACACGCGGAACACGUUUCCUGGAGUCCGGUACCUGUUCUCGGCGGCGGGCGGGUUGAAGAAACUGUUAUCGCCGCCACAUCGUUUCGUCACAUCGUUCCCAACAAGUGGGCACACCGGGAAAAGUCGGUACGGUCGCGGUUGCAUUUGCCAUAGCCGCGAAACACUGCAGCGAUCCGCCGAACUUCCCUCGAUUGUCCGCCCCGUCGAUUGACGUCGCGCAAUCCGAUUCCGAUCCGGGGAAUUACUCGGAUCGAAUGCACCGGUUAUCGCAUCGAGCAGCUGGCCUCUCGUUCCGCGAAAAUCCGCGUCACCAUCGACGCAUAUUAAUGCGUAAUUAACGCGAGACCGUCGCAUUUCCUCUAAUUCUCACCCCUCGUGGCCUCUUAUCGAAUCUACGUGACGCGCUUAGCAGCUCCUCAGCAUCCGACUUCUCGGUGAGGAAUCCGCGAAACGGAGAAACGGCCACUGUGCGUAACAGUAUUGACUAUUCAUCGCGACUCGAGACGAAAUUCGCUGAUCACGCGAUUUCAGUCGGAUGUCAGCUGACGACGCACACUCGUUCCGUUGACGUUCUGCAACGAGCGCGAACAAAGUGCGUUCUCCGCGCGGCAGAGUUUAUCACCCUCCCGGAUUAUGGACCGUACUCGCGUCCUCUUUCUCUCGCAGCGACAUUUCGGUGCUCGUAACAAAGGCUCGUUAAAGGGCCGACGGAAAUGAAGGGUCGGUCCCCUGGCGCCUUCAUUUCGCAGUAUCUUUGCGAGACAAAGGAACGAGAGGAAUCGGAGAUCUCCGGAUGACGGUACCGUCGUGUUUCUCCUCCAUGUCCCUCCUCCCGUCCCCACGCGAAAAGGGAUGUGGUUUCAUUGAUCCCCGCAUUUACGACCCGCGGGACUGUUAUGUCACAUGAUACGUUUCCUUUACUUAAUUGAAUUCCUGAAUCCGCUUCCAGAAGGACUUCAGGCGCGCUCUUCAUUCCUGACUUUUGUCUUGGAAUAAAGAGUAAAGUCGCAUUUCGGGUUCUCUUUAUUUUGACAAGGAGUACGUCGUCUGUUGACGAGUCUCUCGGCGGAAAGAUGAACGUAUCAUCUGGGGACUGCUUCGAUAGCAACGAGUAUUAAUCAUCAAGGCAAAGUAUCAGAAGCGUGAUGGAAGUCCAUCAUUAUCGAAAUACGCAUUUCUGUGGGAUCGCUCGUGAUAGUCGCGAGACCGAUAGUACCAGAUAGCUUAUCAUUAAAUUAUUUGUAUAAAUAUGUUAUUUGGGUCAGAUUACGCUAAUGACUUCUUAGAGCCGAGACAUUUUCAGCAAUAUAAUCAAUUAUUAUACUUUGACACAAUAAAAUCAUCUAAUAAAGUAAUGUAAAUCGAUGAGAGAGAAUUUAUAUGCAAUUUUGCCUGUGUGGAUAUACGUAAAUAUUUAUUCCUAGUUCUAAAAUAAUUGUAACAAGUUUCCUUCAUACUCUCUCUGUUUUUCAAGCGGAACGAAAUGGAAAUUAUGUUUCCGUGUCAAUUAAAUAUAAUAUAUGAUGAGCACUUAGUUUUCUGACUUUGCGCACUAAAUUAUUUUUAGUGUUUGAGUUUGUUUUUACCUACUCUUAACAGUAAUAUAUUCGCUAAGACAUUUUUCCUAUGUAAUCGCGAACGGGAACUUGCUCGGGUGUAAUUUCCGCGGUGAGUAAACAUUGUCCCUCGCACGUCGACCCUUAAAUCGGUACAUAGCGGUACGUCAUCGGCGCGAUUAUGCAUUUUAUCGCGUGAUGAAACUAUAAUUAUCACUCGACUACGCUCUCCUCUCUCUCUCUCUCUUUCCCUCUCCCUGCGACCUCUUGUCGUUUUCGUCGUUUACGAGUCGUGUUCUGCCGAUAACCAGAUGCAACUGAUAUAUUUAGCGCGGUUAGUACCACUGUUGCUAGGGCAUCAGCUGAUCUGGCCGGUCGUCUGUGUACGACAGGGCCGUAUCGGCGAUUCCACACGCGCGAUCCUCGCCAGCGUUCACCUUCGAGUUUCGCACUUUGAAUCCAAAGAUCGAACGCACACAAAUUCUGAUUACACCGCGGUAUCUCCGUUCCAUCAAAUCAAAGUAAAAAUGCAGGCGAGCGAGCAGCGAAGGAGGAAGAUGAUUUCCGGAAUUCGAUCGAUCGUCUACGGUUCAAGAGUCAAGUCCGAAAAUCUUGCCCGAGCCUGGAUAGGUCGUCCGCGCAUCGGUCCACCCGCAUACAGCCCUGACGCGACCAAUGACGGACGCGUAAGACCGGCGUGCAUUCCCCCACCACUCCCCGCUACAUCUGUCAUCCCCCCCACUACCGGGCCGCCUGCAGCCGGCCAGCAUAUGAUCGUAGCCUCUCCGCUCGCGUCGCAUCGCUCGACAGUUAGCAACCGGCUGUGGAGCGAUGUGGACUGUUUUUUGGUAGACGUUCCUCGUAGUACCGUGACGCUCUGCGUAGCCCGCUUCCAUCCGUGAGUUUCCGGUGAACUUGUAGCCGUAGACCAACCGGCACGUCGUGUAACGUACUCAGUAGCGUUGUUCAGUUGCCGUCUCCGAUUCCCCGGGUGACCUCCGAGACUCCGGUGACCCUGUGAUAUAUUAUGACUGGUAAUAGUCGCGCGACAGUAGACCUUACGCUCGUCACUUGUAGUGAGAAUCAACGGACGUGUCGCGCCGCAGCCGGCCCGAAAACCCGGUGAUAAUUGUUCGUUGUUCGGGAAGACGCCGCGUCGUCGGUGGAUCCGCAGUCGUCGUGCGGCUUUGAAGGAAGAGGACGGGAGAGAGAAGAGUGAGCGACUGAGCAGACACCACCAGCCGGGAGAUCGGCUGUUGUUUCCUCCGUAGGAGUGACCGAAAGCCGUCAAAAUUCCGAUCGCCAACGAACACGACCCAUAUCUCGCGGCGGAUACAAUCACGAACAGUGGUGGUGCCGCCAACAUGGGCAGUAUGGGUCAAAUAGCGUCCAACGACACGCAUAUGCUGUUGAUGGAUGCUUUCUUACAGAACAACAGGCUGGAUCAUGUCUCGAGGAUAAUGGCCUCGCAUCCAUCGUAUCUGGAACAUUUUCUCCGGACCCAGCAUUUCAUUCUGCGUGGUGAUGGACCACUUCCUUAUGACUACAGACAUUUUAUUGCCAUUAUGGCCGCGGGUAGGCACCAAUGUAGCUACCUUAUAAACCUGCAGAAGGGAGAGUUCCUUGUUCAGGGCGGUGACCCCUCGUGGCUUCAAGGCCUCAGAUCGAUCCCAGGGAAGCUGCAAGAUCUCUAUGAGAUCAACAAGAUCCUAGCCCAUAGACCGUGGCUCCUGAAUAAGAUGCACAUAGAGAAAUUGACCAAGGGAGACGAUAAUUGGUCCUUAGCCGAGGUCGUCCACGCGAUAGUCUUGCUAGCUCACUUCCACUCAUUGUCGUCUUUCAUAUUUUCUUGCGGAAUUCACGAGGAACUGGAUUACCUAAGUGGCCACCGCUACGUGCAGAACAUCCAAGAGAAUAGUAAGGCCGUACCGCCCGCCAAUAUGAUUUCCAGCAGUCCCAAGAAGAUUCCCAAUGGCGAAAACAGAUUUGAUGUUCCACCGUCGCCACCGUCCUCGCCCAGCAUAGUCGGUGAUCAGGAGGUCGGAGUGGAGACUCUGAUGGAGCGUAUGAAGCGCCUCUCGGAAAAAUCCGAGUCCUAUCAGAUCACACAGGAGGAGCUGUCCAAGAGAUUCGAGACUGUCGAGACGCAAUCGGCCGAGCUGGCAGCGGCGCCGCAGAGGAGCAGCUCGUUCCUCAACUCGGAUAUCGGCUUGUUCAUCGAAGAUCCUACAUUCAUCUAUGAAGAUUUUGCAAAGCGCGGUCAGCUGAACGACAUACCGACCUUCCGCGUCCAGGAUUACUCUUGGGACGAUCACGGUUACUCCCUGGUGAAUCGUCUGUACGGCGAUGUUGGCAAUCUCCUGGACGACAAGUUUAAGACUGCAUACAAUCUGACGUAUUACACGAUGGGCACGCACAGCAAGGUCGACACGUCGCGCUUCCGGCGGGCAAUUUGGAACUAUAUACAGUGCAUGUUCGGCAUCAGGCACGACGAUUAUGAUUACAACGAGGUGAAUCAAUUGCUCGAGCGUAGCCUCAAGACCUUCAUCAAAAGCGCCGUCUGUUAUCCGGAGCGCGUUACCAAGAGGGAUUACGAGCGCGUAAUGAGGGAGUUUAAGCACAGCGAGAAGGUCCACGUGAGUCUGAUGAUCCUGGAGGCUCGUAUGCAGGCAGAACUGCUGUACGCCCUCCGCGCUGUGAUGCGAUAUAUGACCUAAAGCGGAGCUCCGCGUCUGCCCCCUACGUCUGUCUGCUGUCUGUCAGUCUGCGGUUUGUCGAUUUGUUUUCUCCGUGCCACGGAUUCUCGCGGGCUCUGCUGCACAGCACGGAAGGAAGUGAGCGAGCGAGCGCGUCGUCAUCGAGCCUUGUGGCACACACCCAUGCGUCAUCGUCAUCGGAUCUCGUGAGUCGCGUCACUUGAUCGGAUCAAUUUUUCGUCCAGCAAUGCUCUGACUGGCGAAUCAAAGCACGUUUCCUCGAGCGACUCACGAGUACGCGUGGAUCGCGCGCUCCAGCUCUCCCAGGCUUUGUUUGUUCGCGCGAUAGAGCGCGAUUCGAUGGGCGAGUAGAAUCGAGGGAUCGCUCUUUCCCGUUCGGGGGAUGAAAGGAGGGGAGGAGGAUGGAGCCCAACAGGCAGGAAGACGGGCGUGACGAGGAGUAAAGAGAUUUAUAAUUUGUUUUGUACAUAUAGACACUUGUAUUUUUCUACGUUCGACAUCGUAGGCAGACUGUUAUUUGUGCGUUUCGUUUACGUUUCAGAUCUGUUAAAAAAAAAAGAGUUUGCUCUCGCCUGUUAGAAGCUUUCGCGUCGCGCUUGUAACUUCACACACGUACAUAUAUAUACACACGUACAUGGCACACACGUACACACCUCGCAUACAUGCACAAGCGGACAACCUUCUCAUUGCGUUUGCGUUACAAUUCUUCUUCCGCGCGCGCGCGCGGUGUCAAGCAAGACUUAGAAUUCGGUAGCUCCGCGAGAUAAUUCGUUUCUCUUCUUUUUUUUUUCUAUCGAAUGACUCGUCGGAAAUUAAUAAUUGUAAGAUUAAAUGUAGAGGUCUAUGUACGCCGAAUCCGUCAUUACGAUCAUCAUCUUAUCCGGACUUGCCUCGGGUCCAACAUUCGGGGCCUCGUUCUCGUCGUUCACGCGCGUGCACGAGCCGCGCUCCGAGACGUGAAUUGAUUCCUCGCGAGGAAUCGUGGCGCGCGGACCGCGCGAGGACGAGGCGUCGAGAAAUUGUCUUUCGCGCUGCGAUCGCGCUGUACAUAUGUGUAACGCGUUUUUAUCUUCGUUUCGUCCCGACGACUCUGUCCGUCUGUCGCGAAACGUAAGAGAGCUAACGUAAAACAAAAAUCGUACCUACUUACCAUUCGUCGUACGCGUGUGUCGAGCAAACCUUAGAUUGUAGGACGAUCCGCGGCCGCGCGUAGGCGCGCGCAAAGUCCGCACGGCCGCGUGCGACCGCGGAGAGAAGCAAUGCCUAUCGGCUGUGUUUAUUUACCGGGGACGCGCUGCUGUCGUUAGCCGAAGAACGCGAGGGAGCGUCGCAAAUCGCUUUAAUUCUUCCAACCGCGAGCUGUUUCUUCGCCACUCGAUCGAGAUCGAGAUACAGCGAGAACAGAAUUCGAGCCGUUCGAGUAGUCGAUUACCCUUCCUCGGCGGAACGGGAGGAUUAAGAAUCGACGCGGGGUGACGACGCAUGAGACAACGUGGAAUACUGAAUGAGGCGAUAGAGGCAUCUCGCCUCCGCGUUUGCGUCGAGUUUUACACGGGGGAAAUUCGGCUGUUGUCUUGGACUGAGAGAGAGAGAGAGAGAGAGAGAGAGAGGGGGGGGGGGGGGGACUGUCUGAGCUCACGCUCGAACGAAAAGGGAAAAGGGAAAAGGGAAGUGGCUUCGGGGAGAUCGGAAUUACUGCACCCCAGUCGUAUGUAUGCGACGAAGCGCUACUGCAAGAACCGACCGACCGACCACGAGAACACCAAACUGUCGACGCGCGACGUCACGAACGCGGCGCGCGGGCGCUUAUCAACGAAUUUCCAUGCCUUCGGCGUAGCGUUCUAAUAAAAAACAUUGUAGUGUGGAGGAGAGGGACCGCAAGCGACAGAAGGAGGGAGGGAGGGAGCUAGAGCGACAGGGGGAACGAUGCACGAUUGACGAUGAGCCCUGUCCCUUUCUCGAUUGAUUGCGGUCAUGGUGGAUUGCGACAGCGGGGAAAGCCGCCGCUCGCUCGAAGUGUGUGUGUGGUGUCGAGGACGGAGGAGAGGCUGUUUAAACAAAUCAAAUCCUUAUGAUUAGACGUUAAGAUACACACAUACACGCGACAAAUAACACGUGUACACAGACAACACACACACACACACACGCAACACACACAUAUAUAUAUACGCACGACAAAUGUACACACGAGAGAGAGAAACGUGGCACAAACUAUUACACACGAAUUAUACGUGUUCUGUGAUCGCAUAUAUCUAUAAAUAUGUAUAACACAUACACAUAAAAAGCGAAUAUAUAUAUAUGUAUAUAUAUAUAGAUACAUAUAUACGCAUAUUUACGAUUAACUCGGCGAGAGAGAGAGAGGAUGGGAGAGCGAGAGGGAGGGAGAGAGUGUGCGCGUGGCGUUUGUUGCACGUACGUAAGGCACGCGCGUGCAUAACCGGAAGCUUGACGAUUCUACGCGUGUAGCGUUUAUAAUAUUAUGAUGUCUCUUUAUUAUGUAACUGUACAUGAGUGCGUGCGUGUAUGUGUGUGUGUGUGUGUAGGUGGAUGUGUAUGUUGCGUGCAUGUGUGACCGAAGUCACCGAUCUAUACAUCCAGCAGCGAGAGCUCGGUACUCUGGAACGCGAAUUCGCGCUCACCGCGAACGAUCUCCGAUCUCGAUUGAUACGUUAGGAUUGAAAACGCGGUGUAAUUCCGGUGGAAAUCGGUGAUAAUUCGCACUCGACGAGCAGCGAAAAAUGAAAUCUCUAAGCGUACGUGGAGAUCGUUUCACCGUAUCCGCAGUGACGCGGUCUGCGUUCACCGGAAUUACACCGCUCUCGAUUCUCGAUAAUAAACCGGAAGCAUUGCCCCAGUAUUGACGAGCGACAGCCAGGGACGACGGAUCUGUUCCGGCGAUGCGAAAUCGUAUGCCAGAGCACGCAUGCAGAACACGUGCACACACGCAUCGCACGCACGCACGCACGCACGAAUCGUCCGAACGAUGCGGAACCAAUGGAUAGUAACAGCGAGACCUUUCGACCAACAGAGCGACGCGUUUUCUUUUCUCCUUAGACGACGUCUCUACAUAUCACUCCGAGAGUUCAACAUAGAAGGAAGGACGCGUUUCGCGCUUCUCGUUCAUCGUCGCUCAAAGGGUGCACGUCUCGCCAGAGCGGAGCAGCCGAGUCGGCGGAACCACGUAAUUUUUUGGCGACCGAACUUUUUCUCUCGUUGCGCUUUGUGUAUCGUGUCUUGCUGUCUUUCGCGAACGGCACUAGGGAUGGGGGGGGGGGGGAGGGGGCGAUUUUGCGACCCGACGCGGCGAACGCUCGCAGUUCGUCGCGCUAACGACAGUAUUUUCAAUUAUUUUUUUUUCUCUCUUUCUACUUAUCUUUUUUUUAAAUUAUUUUUCUCGGGCUCCACACUUCGAAGCUCUCUUUCUCUCUUUUCUCUUUUUUCCUCCCCCCUCGCAUCCCUAUUUCUCUCUUUCUCUCUGUCUCACCGUUUAUUCAUUUACACGUCCCUCUUUUUCCGCUUCCUCUCGGAUGUACAUCGAGUCGUGUCAAUGGAGAGCAAAAAUGCUGUACUGUAUAAAAUUGGAAAACGGAAAUGUCGAUCUGGGAAAGCGAUAUUGAAUUUUUACGUAGAUUAUUUUUUAAUUGGAUUCGCGACGCGAGAACGUAUACGGAUCGUAUCGAGAUUAUAGGAAACAGAAUUAGAGCAGACGUAUUUGAUACUCGAUUCUGUAUUUAAUCGCGAACAUCCGAACGUUUUACGCACAGAUACUUCACUCGAUCAUUUUAUAUUUAUGUGAUAUAUCAUCGAAUACAUUUGCGGGACGAAAUUUUUUUCGCGUGUUUAAUCGGUCAAUUUAUCACAAUCUCUGGCAUUCACGUUGAUUUUACAUAACUUUGAUAUUUUUUUAUUUGAUACUUUUACGCGUUAAGCGUUAACAUUGAUUACACCUGCAGGUUUCGAUACCUGUAUAUUUCUGACGUGUUGUCUGGCGAUGGUAAAUUCGCGUAAGGCUCGUUAAUUAACUCGUUAUAAUUACAUGCGUGCGUAUUAACUGUAUGCAAGAACGAAUAUAUUUUUGCCAAAGAUUGAAACUUUGCGUCAACUUCUUAAAUUUUAUACGCAACGAUACACAUGUGCCGUUAAUACAUUCUGUUUUAUAAAGAUAAAUUACAGUUUACACAUUUUAUUCAUUUAACGUACUCCGAAACAUACGACGUUAAUUCUAGAAGAUCAUAGUUCAAUCAUUCUCCACUCUUUUUCUUUCCUUUCUCCCUAUUUUUUUUUCCUAAGGUCUGUCUCUUUGCUUUGCUUAUUUAUCCAUUAAUUUAUUCCACAUAUACGGUAGCUGUUGUCUGUUUCUUGUUUUUUCCAAGUAACUCUCUCCAUUGGGCUUUUAUUCUAUUUUAUUCCAUAUUCCCGGCUGUCUUAUUCUCGCCGAUUUUCAUUUCGUGCUGUUUGUUUUUAUCAUCGAAAGAGAUUUUGGGCCAAAUUGAUCGAUGCAGGUAGGAGCGGUGUUCGCGAUAAUCGUGCGCGGAUUGAUCUCAUAAUAUAGUAAUUGCGAAAGAGAGAAAGAGAGAGUUAGUAGAGGAGAUUAAAAAAAGAGGAAGGAGAGGAAUACACGCGAGGCUUAUAGAGAGAAAGAGAAUCGUCGUUGUAUAAAACGGGGUAGGGGACAUCGUAACGACUACUACGGAUGACUUCCCGCUCCGUAUUUUUCUUCAUUGUUCUUUCUUUUUUUAUUCGAAGUGCGAGAAAUCCUCGUCGGAGCUGCGCGCGAAUGCCGCUGCGGCGAGUCACAUUGGGGUGAAUCAUCAUUUCGCGAUAAUUCUAAGAGGGGCACGGCAGGAGGAUGAGAUGGAGGAAAGAUUAGACGAGGGAAGGAUGAAGGAUGGGAAAGAAAAUGAGAGAGAGAGAGAGAGAGAAGGAGAGUAAAUGAAGAGAAAGAGAGGCGCAGAAGGAAUUGCGAUUUUCAUGUAAUAGCGAUUAAGUUAUGCGACUCAUUUAGACGAACGUUUUCUGUAAGUAAAAACAAUGCAGGAGCGGACACUGAAGUCUCCGACUGUCACGCAAUGAAGUACGUAGAGUCACUGCGAGAUCCAAAGACACACGAAAGACUACAUGUCUUUACAUAGUACUUGUUAGAAAUCUGAAAGAUCAGAAAGGCGCGUUCCGGACACUUAUUUUUGUCUGGGUAGACGCUUUUAUUGGAGACAUCGUCAAUGUCUGAUCACGCACCGUUUUUACCUGCUCCUCUAUUUCUCUUUUGGAUACGCGUGUUAGGAUCUUGAAUCGAGUUGGCGCUUCGGUAAAAGUAUAUAGUGAGUAUCCUGGAGGUGGACGAGCGCGCAGAGAUGGAGAAUAGAUGACGGAAGAAAAAACGUGUGUACGUGCGCGAGCGCGCGCGGUGGAGAAUGCAGAGUUUUAAAAAACUAAAGAAAAGAAAAAAUAUAUAUGUGUACAUAGACGUUGAAUCGGCUCUAAACUCGUCGUCCGGCUGUCUCGGCUGAGUUUGAGCUCCCGCGAUAGAGUGAAGGAGAAACGAAGCGAGAGCGAGGAAGAGCGAGAGGAUAGUGCACGGUCUCGUGCACAGCCGAGAGUCCACCUCCGAAAGUCACAAAAAGCAUAUUAAAAAUAGUACAUGCCACCGUGUCGGGAAUGAUUGUGUGAUAAUUACAAGUGAUUUGACCAGGCCCCCCGACGACUAGACGGAUUACUGUCACCGAGAGUGCUUCCUGAUUGCGUAUCCUGAUGCCGCAGAGUUUCAGAGAUCUAGAGCACCAAGGGGAGAAAGAGAUUUUUUUUCUCGUUUUUCGCGCUGUCGAUUCCGCCCUCGGGAAGCAUCGAUAUUCAAUUAGGAGGCACCUCUCGUACUAGCGAUCCGCUGAUUUCACUGACGAAAGAGAAAGAAAGAAAGAAAAAGGGUAGAUCGUGGGAAAGAGAUCUUGAAUCAGGAAAUUCCUCGCGCGCGAAGCUCGCAGUAACAUCUCGGUCACGUUGAUUCGAUUAAGCGACGCGGUCGUAGCCUAAUCUUAUCAUGGGCCGACACGAGCUCGCGACCUCUCAUCGAGGUUCGCUGUAGGAAUUACGCGGAACUUCGGUUGCCGCCGUUUGCGUGUGUUAUCCGACGUAUGAGAGCCAUUAUCGUCGGAUAUCUCGUCGUCGUUAUAUCGUUGCGCGCGCAAAGAUUCACGUGCGAUCGUCGCCGUACGCGCGGACCGCGGGGGGUCGUAUGUGAUGUGAUUUCUUUUAUAUCAUAACGAAUAAUGAACACUAAGAAAUAUUAUAGUUUCAUAUAAGUGAUAUGUUAUUUGUCAUUUAUUUUAUCCCUUAAUAAAUGAUGUUAUAUAAAAAA